AUGAAACGAAAGUAUAAAUCAGGAUCUGCAAAAAGGGCGGAAAAGAGAAGAAGUAUUCAAAGAGCUACCCAAAAUACAGCUCCUAUAGCCUCAUUCUUUGAAAAAGCUGAAAAUGUUGAAAGUGAUGCUGAAGAUACUCCAUCAACAGCUUCCUUGGCUGACGAAGCUCAGUUAAGUACAUCAAAUGAAGGUGUAGACAGUGAGAGCAUGAAGAAAAAUGCUGAAACUUCUAAUGAUCAAUUAGGACUUUUCAAUCUGGCCAAUGAAUACCCUACUGACAGAGGGCACUUCCCAUCCUCAAUUGAAGAAGGGGAUUUAAAGAGACUUAUUCUUAGUCAUGGCCCAUGUAAACCUGAUGGACCAUUUAGAAGACGAACAAG